CGCGUCCUGCCGCGCUCCUGCCGCGCUCCGAAAGGAGGGAGGGAAGCCGGGGGUGGGGGAAAUAAAAAGAAAAGGCGCCCGCUCCGCCAUGGCCGAGACGAUCGCCGACACCCGGCGGCUGAUCAGCAAGCCGCAGAACCUGAACGACGCCUACGGGCCGCCCAGCAACUUCUUGGAGAUCGACGUGGGCAACCCGCAGACGGUGGGGGUGGGCCGCGGCCGUUUCACCACCUACGAGAUCCGCGUCAAGACAAAUCUACCUAUCUUCAAAUUGAAAGAAUCUACAGUCAGGAGGAGAUACAGUGACUUUGAGUGGCUAAGGAAUGAACUAGAAAGAGAAAGCAAGGGUUGCAGGCCACCCACUGGCACAGAACGAGCGCUGUCUUCACAUGUUCUUACAAGAUGAAGUAAUAGACAAAAACUACACACCAUCCAAAAUAAGACAUACUUGAGUUCUGCAAGCAUCUUCUCAAACAUUAGUGGUUCUUAUGCUUGGUUUUAAGAGGUUGUAGUUUGUCUUAGCAUGCUGAGGAUAAACAGGCACGAAGUCUCCACUAACAUCAGUACACUGCUUGGUCUUUGCAUAUGCUUUAUAGCAUUAAAGAACUCACUUGUCUUCUUGCUGAAUCCCUCUGACUCCUUGAUUUAAGAGUAUUAUACUAUGAGACCAUCCACCCCUUGCAAUGUCUCACAAACCUUUCCACUUAUUUGCAAUGACUUAACAAUGUUUACUGACUUGGCCUUACUUGAACUUGCACAGUUGUAGUGUCACGUGUUCACUUGUAUUUGACUAAACUGCUCUGCUGUUUCUGAGGUAGUAAUCUGUCUGAACUUCUGUAGAAAGACUGCUUUAUUUCUGAUACCCUGUGUGAGAAACACUUAUGCAAUUGUCUUCAAGCUUGUAAAACACUUUAUACUGAAGUAAUGAGGGAAUUAUCUUUAUAUUCUGUAAGAGGAAAAAAAUCAAAUUUAUAUACAAAAGUAACUUGUCUAAAGUUUUGAAAUAAAAGUGAAAAUGCACUUCAAAUGUUUUGUCACUCUUGACCUUGAGUGUGGGGUAUCUUGUGCUUUCUGACAAGCAGGGACUUGACUAUACUAAGUGAACUGGUGUUCAGCCUUGCUGUGACUCUCUUCUGCAAUAUAGUCUUGUGUUACUAACAGCCACCACUAAAUAUCCUUAGAUGCUGGCACUCAAUGAUCAAGGGAUUUGGGAAAAGAGUCCCUUUCUACUUGUCAUGAGAAGCCUCAGUCUAGCAUCAACUAGCAAGUGAAAAUUAUACCAUCCUACAGAGCAAGGAGUGUUGAUAAUAUGUUAGAAGGUUAAAGUAGUUCUACUCUACAAAUACAAUUAGGUAUGUGAAGUCAUACAAGCCAGCUGUCAGAUGUGAUGUAGACUACUUCCCUGAACAUCAAAGGAGGAGGAGGCUGUAGCAUUGUGCUUGUAUGACAGCUGGUGAAGUGCAGGUGGUUGAUGCCUGAACUGCAGUUCACGAGCAACACUGCUGAAGUCAUCUUUCUUGCUAGAUGUUUCUGUGGCUGGAGAAGCUUCCACAGUACUUCCGGAUGUGACAUGGGAGUUACCUGUCCAGAUGCUCUUAAAAACAGAUUCAAGAACACCCUAGUAGCAAUCUGUGUUCUGUGCUAUUUGGUAACAGUACAUGUUGGCUUAGGCUUGGCUCUACUGGUUUUUCCUUCUUAUAAUACUACUUAUGACUGUUGAGAAAUUCCUACAAACUUACAGGCAAAGUUAUUAGUUUCCUUUAAAUAAAACUAUUACUGUCAUUUAUGGAAAUCGGGAUGUAAAAGAGUGAGCUGACAACAGUGGUGGCUGACAAGAUUAUGUGUAGUGCUAGUGACUAGCUAUGCUGAUUAGUUAGAUGCUCAAAUAAUUGUUCUUUCCCCCUCAUACUUAACAAAGACUGCAUUGAGUCUCUUCAAAAGUCCUAUUAAUGAAACCAGGGACCAAAACUGACACAGCCCACUUGCAGCUGUCUAGCUAUUCAAGAAUUUUUUGAUAAUGUAAAAUCAAUUCUAAAAUUCCCUGUGCUUGUUGAAUCACACUUAAAAGUUGAAUUACUCUUGGAAAUGGGGGAAGAAGGGAUAAAUGUAUAUGAACUUUUGUUACUUAGGCUUAAAUACAUAGUAAAGGAUGCUUUUCUCAAAUUUUAUUUUCUGAGAGAAGCUUCUUUCAAAAAUUUAAAUAAAUGCCCCAUCUUAUCCUUAAAAGAUGAUGAUAUUAUUUGUAUCAUCAGCUGUGGAAAUAAGCUGAAGAGAAAGAAGCUUCAUGCUUGAUGUCCAAGUAUAUUCCUAGUUCCAAAGUGAGGACUGUGUAGUGUUAACCUCUGAGAUUGACAGGACAUCUGCACUGGACUCUGGGAUUUCACUGGCCUUCAGUCCCUCAAGGCUAACUAUAGAGACCCUAAUUCUAGCGUAGUGUAACUGGUUCUGAGCAAUCUGCAGCACUGGGGGGAAGACGUGGUCUGAGGUUGGCUGUGUCCAAACCACAGGGAUCUGGGAAUUGUUCCCAGCUUGUGAGUCUGCUCUGCAGCUGGGCUAGGUCCUGGGGGUAAGAGGAUGAGAUAUGGAUGUGCACUCAUUGCCCUGCCUGCUUUGCAAGUGGGAGAAAGACAGUACAUUCCACUGCAUCCUCUGGCCUGGAUGAUGUAGGGACUGGGACAGAGUGCGGCUGCCUUGCAGCGUGGGUGCAGUUUGUGUUUAUUGCUGCUCCGGGACAGCAGCAGGAAUCUUAUUGAAUCUAUUGAAAUGAGUGUUCUGUCAUGGGUUUUGCACAGCACUGGGCUCAACUUCGUUAGCUCAUGAACAGAAUUAUCACAGAGUGGAGAGCCAGAAUUGAUUUUCUGCCCUGUCCAGUUUUUCUUAGUGUAGACAGCUGGAAAUGGUUGAAGGCUGUUACAGAUGCAGUGAAAAAGCUUCAUAAAGUGUUGUUGUUUUCUUUCUAAGAAUGUGUUAUGCCUUGUGGUAAACGCAUUCUCAAGUGCUCUACAGUGGUUUGUGUAGAAGAUGUUUCAAAGUCCUUGUUUUGUCUCACCUGACUCAUCUGAAGACUGGUCGCGGAUACUUUGUGGUCUGGCUGUCUUGGAAAGGACAGGACGUGAGACCUAGCGAACUGCACAAAUGGAAGAGAGAUGGGGUGAAAACUUUGACCUCUGAAAUGUGUGAGAUUUUUGUGCUUGGAGUCAAUAGAUCUAGGAUUUCACUUGUGAUCUGUGUUCCUUGACACCAAAAACCAAUGAGCCAUUGAUAUAUGCUACAUUUCAACCUGUCAUUUUAGUGUGCGUGGCUCUUCGGUCGCUCUUUGCCACAUGAAUCAUGUCUUCUGUUUUCCUUCUCCUCCUGCCAACUUGUUCCUCUGCAUUGGGAGUUGCUUUCCUCUUUGGUGUGAUUACACAAUUGGACACCUUAAUAAAACCUCAGAAUCUUU